UCGGUUCGAUUUGGUUCGGAAAACCUAAACCACAGGCCUAGUGCUGACAUAUGUGUUCACAUAUGUUUUUGGGCAGUGGUUAUUUAGCACCAGAGUAUGCGGCUAGGGGGCAAUUGACGCGUAAAGCCGAUGUAUACAGCUUUGGAGUCCUUCUUAUGGAGAUAGUAAGUGGAAGAAGUAACAAGAACACACGGUCACCAACAAAAUAUCAAUAUAUUCUUGAAAGAGCUUGGGAACUCUAUGAGCGGAAUGAGCUCGUGGAUCUUGUUGACAUAGGGUUAAACGGAAUCUUUGACGCAGAGGAAGCUUGCCUGUACCUAAAAAUAGGCCUUUUGUGCACGCAAGACAGUCCUCAGCUAAGGCCAACUAUGUCCACAGUGGUGAAGUUGUUAACGGGGGAGAAGAAUAUAGACAAUAAGAAAAUAACAAGGCCGGGUUUGAUAUCUGAUUUUAUGGAGUUGAAAGUGAGAGAACCGGUGGAAACAAAGACAGAGGAAGUGAACAGACACAACUACACAGAUCCUAAUUCUUAUAAUGCCUCGCCUAUCUCCGGGACUAGUGACAACUCAAAUGAUUACUCAUCAGGGGUUUCAUCAACUAAUGCGGUUUGUUCAUUCAGCAGUACCAUUUAGAAAAUAAAUGUGUUCUCUUUUUUUGAGUGUUUGAUGUUUUUGUGUGUCAUCAU